UCUAUCUCAUCCCCUACAAAUAUGAUCCAUGAGAGAAGCAAUUUCUUUGAAGAAGGCCAGAAAAAAUCAUCAUCACAUACCCUAUUCCAAGUGGUUCAAUUUUUGUCUGCGUCAAUGGAAAAGAAGGAAGAACCGCUUAAGAUAAACAAGGUGGGCAACAGCAAAUGGCACGGAUCAGUGCAAGCCAUCGUCAAUGCGCCAAUAGAAAAAGUGUGGAGCAUAGUUUCUCACAGCAGUAGGCUACACGAAUGGAUGCCUAUGGUCGAAAAAUGCACCAGUGUGUCAGGACAGGAAGGCAUUCCGGGCUAUGUUAGGUUAGUCUCAGGAUUGAUGUUCCCACAGAAAGACAGGGGCAUGUCAUGGAUCAAGGAGAGGCUCAUUCUCAUCGACCCUUUAUUGCACACCUACACUUUCCAAAUGGAGGAAAGUAACAUAGGCUUGGAUGGUUCUCUAAACUCCUUAAAGCUCAUAGACUAUGGCGAUGGCACCACUCUAGUUGACUGGAAAUACGACAUAGAUCCAGCAAACGGAAUGUCCAAAGACAAUAUAAUAGACUACUUAGGAUACCUGUACAAAUCUUGUAUCAACAGGAUUGAGGGUGCACUUAAGGCAUCAUCCAAACUCGAGGGAUAGCAACGUCUUUUGUUACUUCAUCCA